AUGCCACCUCCACAUAAAACCGAGAAUAGAGUCUACUGCCAAUGCAAAUCCCAUAACUGCGUUGCCGAGAGUGCUCUUGGCAAACUUGUCACACCUCAAACCCGGAGAGAUCACCAAAAUUUGGACAAGCAACUUGGGAAUGACAACCUGAGCGACACUGCCACUUCAAGUCAAUACAUUCAUAAAGCCAAGCAUGGUCGGCUGGCCGAGGCAGGAUGGGAGACCUUGCAAGGUGGUAAUUAUAGUAGUGAGGUGGCUCUAGUUGAUAGUGAAAGCUACAAUGAGAUUCCUACCCUUCAUUCACAUUCUCCUGUACAGUCCGCCUCCAAUACAGUUAUCGAUUUUGAUGAUCAGAUGGAACUUGAUGAGAACAUUGCAGCUCCCAUGCCUGCUGGAUUCAAUGGACUAAGGGAUACUGAAGAACUUGACAACAAUGACAAUUUUCGUGAUCCUGGAUGUCUAGAUGAUCUUGACACAGAUGAACCUGAAUCUGAGGAACCUCCAAUUCAUGGAUCUCAGGUGCCAGAAACCUCCCAAACUCCACCUAACCAAGCAUGCUUGCCUAGUGACAAGCCACAUACCCCUCCUGAGCCCGCAUGGUCUGCGAUCAAUGAUGUGAGAAUUGCCCAGAAGUUCAUUUGGGAGCUACAGAAUGCAAUGGCAGAUGACUGUGAUGCCAACUUCAUAGACAACCUUUGA